AUCAUAUCGUGUCGCUUGUCAAGAGUUAAAGCUGGGAUUCUUAUUUGUAGUCAAGGGGAGUAGGGUAUGUAUGACAAAAGAAAUGCGUAUGUUGUAUUUGUGUUGUACGUGAAGUUGCAUGUAUAAAAGUGUUCUGUGUGCUUGAUACCAAAUCAUUCUGAAGAAAACAAGGAGGCUGCUCGGUCACUUUUCUUGAUCAUGGAUAUCAGAGCUGCGUUUAUUCUCUUGCUAGGAAUAGCGGCGACAAGGGUGUAUGCCGACGUGAUAAUCGGUGUCGACGAGUGCUAUUCCUGUACCAACGAAGACUCUAAUCUCGAAUGCCGGAAAGAUAAAGUAACUUGUGACCAGGGUCAAUAUUGUCAGACUGUGUUAAAGACGGACCACGAUAGGUUGGUUAUAAGCAAGCAGUGCGUUGAUAUUGAUAUAUGUUUGGAAGAGGAGCGUGGUAACCAUGACUACUGCAAAGACGGCAUUGUCAAAGAUUCGUGCAGUUAUUGCUGUGAUGAAGGACGCUGCAACGAUGACUUGCCACACAAUCAUGAACCUUUUGUGGGUGAAUAUUUGUUUAUCUUAGAUGGAUGCAGUCCAUGGAGUUGUUGGUCAUCGUGUGAUGACUGUUGUCGCAGCAGAACCCGAACAUGUGGUGACUCUAGCAAAUCAAAUUCCGGUUCCAAAUCCGGUUCCAAAUCCGGUUCCAAGUCAGGUUCUAAAUCCGGUUCCAAAUCCGGUUCCAAAUCCGGUUCCAAAUCCGAUUACUGUGCUUCUAAAUCCAGUUCCGGUGGAAAAAGCCGUCGUCGGCGUUACGAAGACGAGGAAGACGAUCUUUUCCGUGUAAAGCGCCACAGUAGCAGCGGAUCCAAGUCACAGGAAGAAUACGAAGAAGUGCAGACCGAUGACUGCUGUGAGAACUCUUGUUACACCUGUGAUUCAUUAACAAUUAACCCCAUCGACGGGAUGGCUGCACUCGUUGAUUGUUCCUUUGAACCCGAAUCAUGCGCAGACGAAGAGGCGUUGUGUCAAACUAUCAUUACGUACAACGCUGACGGACUUCCGGUGAUAUCGAAAGGAUGUGCGACUCCUUUUAGCUGCAGUGCAUACAGGUCAGAUGAGCAGUGCCCAGUUUUAGUUGAUGACGACACGGAGGCUAUAUAUGUCGCUCUGCAACUCAUGAAUGAAAACGUACAGUGUUCCUAUUGCUGCGACAAUGGACCCGACGAAGACGGGGUGACAUGCAAUUCAGGAAUUGUACCUCCUCCCGAGUAUACCCAAGUCUGCAAUGGCGCAUUCACCCCUUUCAGUAGUUUCGUAGCAACUGUAACCAUGGCGGUGUUUGUCCGCAUAGUGUUAAUUUAG